UUAUUAUGUUAUUGCAGUCCGUUUAAUGAUUGAUUGGCAAAUCAAUUACGUGGCUAGCUGAGUCCAAUCCAAAUGUAGAAUUUGCUCAUUUCAAGGCCAGCCUAACUUGCUGCUUUCUCUGAACUCACACACAUUGCAACACGAGUUUUACAUUAGCCAGCAUGGCCGCCUUGCGUGCAGCCAAACAAGCUAUGAGGAGAGAAAUAAAGAAACGAGUAGCUGCGUUGGACGAUCAAGAGAAACUUCGCCAGUCUCGAGUCAUUUCGCAAAAGGCUUUGUACAAUGGUUCCCUGGUGCCCGUGGUUAAAAAUGUCCUAAAACGACCAGUGGCGCCCCCUUGUGGUGGAUCCCAGGUGGGGGGGUGUUGGCCCCCCUAGGGGGUCUUACCCAACCUGGCCAUGGACCCCCAGCCCACUCCCGAGGACCCCUGGAGCCCUCCCCAUCAGCACCUGGCUCUUCAAGCACCCCAUGUAUGCUAGCUGUGAGCGCAUCGCUGUGUUCCUCAGCAUGCAUGACGAGGUGAGAACCGAGGAGAUAAUUCAGGACUUGUUUAAGCACGGUAAGACCUGCUUUAUGCCCAAGUACUUGACCCAGGGCACCAGUAACCACAUGGACAUGGUGAAGCUCACCAGCAUGGAGGAUAUGAUGUCACUGCCUCUGACUUCUUGGAACAUCAGACAGCCUGCCGCCAACGACAACACCAGAGAGGAGGCCUUGGAGACAGGAGGUCUUGACCUGAUCUUGAUGCCAGGCCUGGGAUUUGACAGGAAUGGGAACCGGCUGGGCCGAGGAAAGGGCUUCUACGACACAUACCUGGAACGCUGUAUGAAGCACCCCAAGGGGAAGCCGUACACCAUCGCUCUGGCCUUCAGGGAGCAGCUGUGUCAGGACAUACCUGUGGGCGACAACGACGUGCUGAUAGACGAGGUCCUGUAUGAUGUCCUGGACUAGUUAAAAGGCACAUUUUCAUAUUUCUGAAGUAAAUCUCUAUUUGGCUUGUUUUUGAGAAACUUACCCCAGCCGUGAUACACUUCCUUGCUCGUUGUGCAGUAAUCGGGCAACGCAAAAGACAUGAAUAAAACACACCCAAAUAUGUCGUUUUAGAAACAGACACACUUUCAGUAUAGUGAUGUAGGUGUUUAGAUGUUGUACACAUUAAAUGGUGUCAUUCCAGACUUUAUCCACAACGUUAGCUUCCAUUUUGUGCGACUGGAGCCGUUUCUUCUAGCAGCUGUGCUGCGUGGGCUGUGUCCAUGUACUAUAGGGACACGCUCAACCUGCACAGCUGCAGGGGGGAAACAGUGCAAGUCGACCAAAAUGGAUUAUAAUGUUGCGGAUACAUUUCGGAAUGACACAAUUUAACGUGUACAACAUCUAAAGACCUACAUCACUAUACUGAAAGUCAAUUUCUAAAAGGACAUAUUUGGGUGUUUUUGGAGCUUUUGUUCAUGUCUUUUAUGUGCCCAAAAACUGCACAACGAGCAAUGAGGAAGUGUAUCAUGGCUGGGAGAAACGUAUGAAAAACAAGACAAAUCACACAAAACAGUGACUGGACCCUUCUAGAACAUGCCAUUUACACCAGAAACAUAGAUCUAAUUCAGAAAUAGGAAAAUUAUCCUUUAACUGUGAUGUGAAUAGUCAACUGGUCUACAAUGGUAUGACGAUGAAAUCAGUGGAGGCUGAGGGGAGGACGGCUCAUAAUAAUGGCUGGAACGGAGCAAAUGGAAUGGCAUCAAACCAUGUAUUUACAUACUGAUUCCGCUCUUGCCAUUACCACAAGCCCGUCCGCCCCAAUUAAGGUGCCACCAACCUGUGGAUGAAAUUGGAUUAUGCAGUACAUGAUAUCAUAUUAUGUGAUCCCAGCUAACAGAUAUUGGUUCCCAGAACAUUGUGGGAAAGUUAUUUCAAACAACCAAAAGAGAACCUUUAGGGAACGUUCUGUGCUAGCUGUGAUGAUAUUGUUUGGUAUGUUGAUAUGAUAUUAUCAUAAGACAUGAAGCUGUGAACUAGUCAACAGGACAGUGGUAGAGCUGAGCCUGGUGGCCUCAUUCCAAAUGGAUCAUUAGCCCUUAAUCCAAGGUGUUUGUUUAAAUACUGAUCCAAUCCAUUUAAAUCUUCUAGUGGGGGCAUCAACAAGGGCCUAAGUAAUGGGCCGGGGUUCAGUUUGGACUUCUAAAGUGCUUGCUAAAGACCCCUAGUAAUCCUAAUGGUCAAACGAGUUGUCUUAGAAUGUGCCUGAAUUGGUGAGGAAUAAACUGUUCUCUACAGAUGACACUACUACCAGAUGACACUACCUUGUUUCCAUUUCAAGAUUCCUGUGAUUUCAGAUCUUAGAUUUUUUUGAAACUGUCAAACUUCCUGGUCUUCUGUAAUGAGAUGGUUAUGCUGCCAUCAGGGGACACAGGAAGUUCGGUUAGGAAUAAAGACGGCUGAAUGAA